AGAGACAGAGAGAGAGACAGAGAGAGAGAGAGAGAGAGAGAGUGUUAGUUCUGGUAUUGGAGGGAAGAAGGACGGAGAGAGCCAGAGGGGAGAGCGCAGGAGGGAGGCAGGCGGCGAGGGAGGCGGGGGCCUCGGGAGGGUGGAAGGAGGGAGGAGAAGGGCGGGGCACGGAGGCCCCAGCGAGGGACAGACUCCAGCUCUGACUUUUUUCCGCCGCUCUCGGCUUCCACCGCAGCCAUGUCGCUCCUCCUGCUGGUGGUCUCUGCCCUUCACAUUCUCAUUCUCAUCCUGCUCUUCGUGGCCACUUUGGACAAGUCCUGGUGGACCCUCCCUGGAAACGGGUCCUUGAAUCUCUGGUAUGACUGCACGCGGAUGAAUGACAACGAAACCUGGGCCUGCAGUACUGUCAGCGAGAAUGGCUGGCUGAAGGCGGUACAGGUCCUCAUGGUGCUUUCCCUCAUCCUCUGUUGUCUGUCCUUCAUCCUGUUUAUGUUCCAACUCUACACCAUGCGGCGAGGAGGACUCUUCUAUGCCACUGGCUUCUGCCAGCUUUGCACCAGCCUGGCAGUGUUCACCGGGGCGCUGAUCUACGCCAUUCAUGCCAAGGAGAUUCUGGCGAAGUACCCGCCAGGGGGCAGCUUCGGUUACUGCUUUGCCCUGGCCUGGGUGGCCUUCCCCCUCGCCCUGGCCAGUGGCCUCAUCUACAUCCACCUGCGGAAGCGGGAGUGAGAGCGCUGCAGUUCACCUUGUAGCCCCAGCUGGUUCCAGCCCCUUCGCCUCACCCUGCCUCCAGAAAAUAAAACUGUUUAACCGCCA